CGUAAGAAUAAAUAAAAGUGAGACACUGAAUGGGCACAGCAGCUCCCUCACACAGCGCCUUCCCACACAGAAGCCGUGCGUGCACAGCAGCCCGGGUUCUCCUCCCCAACCCCGCCCAGGCCGCUGUGUUGCCAGGCAUUCCUGGCAACGUUUCUGUUCCUAGAGCCAACCGACUUCUGUGGACCUGUCUGGAGACAGUCGAUGGAGCGCCAUCGUUUUUACAAGAUCCUUUUAAGUCAAGGUCAAGGAACAUCAGGAACACUUACAGAUCCGUGAACAAAGAGAUGGUCAAAGCAGUGGUAGAUACUGGGCUACAGAAAAAGAGCGCUCACCACGAGAAUAAAGAAGAUGCGGAAAAGGAGUAUGUUCUUGAUCCCAAUCCUCCACGGCUAACAUUAGCUCAGAAGUUAGGACUAGUGGAGUCCCCCUCCCCACCACUAACUGCUGAAGAAUGGGCAAAAAUAAAACAGAGAUCUAUACAGCAUGGAGAUUCCAUCCAGCCUUGUGCAAUAUGCAGGGAAGAGUUUGCACUUCACCCUCAGGUGUUGCUUUCAUGUUCCCACGUAUUCCAUAAAGCAUGCCUGAAAGCCUUUGAAAAUUUUACAGGCAAAAAGUCUUGUCCUAUGUGCAGGAAAAUGCAGUAUCAGACCAGAGUAAUACAUGACGGGGCUCGCUUAUAUAAAAUAAAGUGUGCCAUCAGAAUUCAAGCCUCCUGGAGGGGAUACGUUGUUAGGAAAUGGUAUAAAAACUUGAGAAGAACAGUGCCUCCUAAAGACAGCAAGCUAAGAAAACAGUUUUUUGAGGAAAAGGUUCAGCAGAUCAGCAAGCGGCUGUUGAGUUCUUAUGACAUAAACCUAGAUGAUUUUCUUUCCAAGAUAGAUUCUUCCAUAGCUGCGUGUCGAGAUGCAUUUCAGCAGCUGGAAGAAAAAGAAAUACUCCUCAGUGAAAAUGACUGGGAGAAGAUCCAGAUGCAGGCAUUUCGGCAGGAGAUAGCUGAUUGUCCUAUCUGCAUCAUGCCACUCAGCCCUGCUGCUCACCCUGCCUGCAUCUUGUCUGGUACCAGCAAUCUGUCUUCACGACAGAUUGUUCUGCUUUCUUGUUCACAUUUGUUUCAUCAUACCUGCCUUGAAGCGUUUGAAGAUUUUUCCUUGGGAGCGCAACAUAUUUGUCCUUUGUGUCGCUCAUAUUAUCAGAAGAAGAUCCUCAAGUGCUGAUAUCCACAGCUCAGUGAAGUACUGAGUAGAACACAGCUGACAACACAUGUGCUUCUUUCUAACUUGGGAACCUUUUAAGAUCCAGAUCUUUCAAGUAAUUUUUUUUUUUCUUUUUAAAUGUACGAUGGCCUUCCCCUUGUCUUUGGAGAAAUAAAAGUUAAGAGUGCUAUUGCUUUACUUUUAUAUUCAGCUUCACCUUUUGUCUUGGCAUUUUUCAUCUCCCCUCCUCUGGCACUUCCACCUGCCCUUGUUUUCAUUUCUUUUUCCCAGAGAUGAGGCACAGUUCAUUGAGGCAUUGUGUUCCUUCAGCAGAACCCUCGUUAUCCCCUACCUUUGUGGUUUUACACUUGGUAUUUGGAAACACAGGCUCCCAACUCAGAAGAACGAUCAGUACAAUCACUGCAAGAAACACGUUUUCCUUCAGCCAAGCUUGCCAACCAGAACCCCGGCUGCUGCUUCUGCUCGAACAACUCUGACCGAUCCCAGUUCGCUGUACACAAAUAGGAAGUGACCCUCAAAGGCUGAGGAUCACUUCAGAACUUCUGAGAACUACAGAACCAGUAAGUACUCAUUUUUUUAGCAGGAAUAAAAAUAUGAUUAUGACUUUUCAGCUGUACGUUGCUGAAACCAAGUCAGGUCCCCACACGUAACUUAUAAGCCUGAGCACAAAGACCAUCUCAUAGAAGCUACAACAAAAAGAAGAUAAAAGUAACAAGGAAGAUCAUUCUGCAUAAGAAGGCAAUGGCUGAUUAGCUAUUCAAACAGAGAGCUUUCAAAUAAUGCUGACAAGAUCUGAUUGAAUCUAGCAUCAAGUGAGGUGGUCACCACAUUUCCAGGUACAUGCGUUUAAGUCUUGAGCUAGAAUAGACAAAUAUUCUAAUAGGAAAUCCUUAGGUAAGAGGUGUUCUACAAAAGUCAGCAUCAAACUGUUGAGAGAAUUGGGGAGGUCGCUUGUUAAACUGAAGACAAAGGGAAAUACAACCUUUCAGCCUAGGAAAUGCUAAUGCAAGCAGGAAGGUUGUCUUGCUUACUACGGACACUUGAGAACCAAAUUAGAGCUUAACACAUAGCAAGGGCCAGUCACACUUCACAUUUAGGAAACCUAGGACAAUUAAACAACAGUAUAUCGCCAGACAGCACAGAAGUCACAGAUAUUCCUGGUAUCUGACCUGCCUCUUAGGGACUAACAUAGGUAUUUUGAUCCUGUGCAGCUGAAUGGCUGAGAUGUCUGCAGGUCCUUUCCAAAUGUACAAUUCUUGGACUUCUUUAAAAAAAAACACUGAAGUCUCCAGAGAAAGAGUAAGUCCAAAGCUGUUUCAGUUUCAAGCAGUUUAACAAACAUGAUGGUCAUUAUUAACAUCUAAGAACUGCACAUCAGUCAUACUCUUAAACAUUACACAAUCAGGAUACUCUUCUACAAACAAUCCUCACUUUCUUGGAGUGCUUGAAUUAAUCACACACUUGCUUUAAGAGCAGGGCUAUUAACACCUCUGAGUGUACACCAUAUAUGGUAUGCGAUGGAGAUUCGUGUAAUUUUUUUUGUAAGAGAAUCUCAAAUGUACAUUAA